GCUACCCAGUGUUACCAAUACCUAUACCAAUCCAAUGUCAAUAUGGGAUCGUGAUCGUGCUCUGCUAUCCACUUCAUAUUCGCUUGUCCAUGCUUCUCCAUUGGUAUCGUGGAUGAAAAGCGCAUGGUUAAUUGUAAUUUUUCCAAUUGUGUCAUCAUAUGGUUUUUGUCCGAAAAAUUCGAUUGUGAGAGACAGUGAUACGUUAUCAGUGAAAUGGUGGAUAUGAAGAGCGAGGAAAUCAACGGAGAGAUCGAGGUCCCUCAAAAGAGUGCGAAACAAUUGCAGAAAGAGGCGAAGAAAUUGGCGAAACUCGAGAAGUUUAAGCAAAAACAGGAAAAGAAGGAGACCGAUGACAAAACACCAAAAGUGAAAGAAAAAAAUGAAAAAAAUGAAAAGAAAAAAGAAUGCAAGGAAUCGACUUUGUACACAAUAGGCACGCCUGUGGGAGAAAAGAAAGAUGUUACUUGUGCAAUGCCUGACGCGUAUAGUCCGAAAUAUGUUGAAGCUGCAUGGUAUGCAUGGUGGGAAAAGCAAGGCUUUUUUAAACCCGAAUACGGUAGGAAAAGUAUAUCAGAGCCAAAUCCUAAGGGCAAAUUUGUAAUCGUGAUACCACCUCCUAAUGUAACCGGUUAUCUUCAUCUUGGACAUGCUUUAACUAAUGCUGUAGAAGACACUAUUACAAGAUGGAAUCGCAUGAAAGGCCGCACGACGUUAUGGAAUCCAGGGUGUGAUCAUGCGGGUAUUGCCACUCAAGUAGUCGUCGAGAAGAAACUUUGGAAAGAGGAGAGACAAACUCGCCACGAUAUAGGAAGAGAAAACUUUGUUCAAAAAGUUUGGAAAUGGAAGGAAGAGAAAGGAAAUAGAAUUUACUUACAGUUACGAAAGUUAGGGGGUUCGUUGGAUUGGGAUCGUGCUUGUUUCACUAUGGAUCCGAAAUUAUGUCGCGCUGUUACGGAGGCAUUUAUAAGAUUGCACGAUGACGGUACAAUAUACAGGAGUAAUCGUUUAGUGAAUUGGUCAUGUACUUUAAAAAGUGCUAUUUCCGAUAUAGAAGUCGAUAAAGUUGAAUUAACUGGUCGCACGUUACUUUCGAUUCCUGGGUAUCAAGAAAAAGUGGAAUUUGGAGUUCUAGUGUUGUUUGCUUACGAAGUAAUAGAUACCAAGGAAAAGAUAGUAGUAGCUACUACUCGUAUCGAAACUAUGUUAGGGGACACAGCUAUCGCGGUUCAUCCGCAAGACACUAGAUAUACUCAGUUCAUCGGAAAAUAUGUACAGCAUCCGUUUUGUAACAGAAAAUUACCUAUCGUAGCCGAUGAAUUUGUCGAAAGAGAGUUUGGAACAGGCGCUGUAAAAAUUACACCAGCUCACGAUCCCAACGAUUACGAAGUCGGAAAAAGGCAAAAUUUACCAUUCGUUACUAUUUUUGAUGACAAUGGAGAUAUUGUUGGAGAUUACGGACAAUUUACGGGGAUGAAACGGUUCCAUGCUAGAACAGCUAUAAUAAAAGAACUGAAAGCAAGGAAUUUGUUCAUUGAGAUUAAAGACAAUCCUAUGGUGGUACCAAUCUGUAGUAGAUCUAAAGAUGUAGUCGAACCAUUGAUAAAACCACAAUGGUAUGUAAAGUGCAGCGAGAUGGCUGCGAAAGCGACAAAAGCGGUGCAAACUGGCGAUUUAAAAAUCAUACCAGACCAAUACAAAAAAAUUUGGUACUACUGGAUGGAUAACAUAAGAGAUUGGUGCAUCUCGCGGCAAUUGUGGUGGGGUCAUCGUAUUCCUGCUUACUCUGUUAAAGUAAUAAAUACAGCUGCAAAUCUUAAGCCAGAAGAUGAUUACUGGGUGAGUGGACACUCCGAGAGCGAAGCUAAAGAAAAAGCUGCCAAACAGUUGGGUGUAUCUGUAGAUAAUAUUAUUGUUACGCAAGAUCCUGAUGUUUUAGACACGUGGUUCUCUUCUGGUCUCUUUCCAUUCUCGAUAUUUGGAUGGCCAGACAAUACGGAGGAGCUCGAUGCAUUUUAUCCCGGUACAUUAUUAGAAACUGGUCACGACAUAUUAUUCUUCUGGGUGGCGCGAAUGGUAUUUCUGGGUGAAAAGUUGCUAGGAAAAUUACCAUUCAAAGAAGUGUAUCUGCACGCGAUGGUACGAGACGCGCACGGAAGAAAAAUGAGCAAGUCCCUAGGAAACGUCAUAGAUCCAAUGGAUGUGAUCAACGGAAUAACAUUGGAGGAGCUUCAUAAGCAACUGACACAUUCCAAUUUGGAUCCGAACGAGCUUAAACGUGCUAUCGAGGGACAGAAACGCGAUUAUCCCCAGGGAAUCCCCGAGUGCGGUACCGACGCUCUACGAUUCGCCCUGUGCGCUUACACAACGCAAGGUCGUGAUAUCAAUCUCGAUAUUCUUCGCGUACAAGGAUAUCGAUUCUUCUGUAACAAGAUAUGGAACGCGACAAAGUUUGCUUUCAUGUACCUUCAUUCCAAUGUCGAUUACGACCUGGUUCAACCGAUGAAUUGCAACGAUCGGAAUAGUACCGAUGCGAUAGGUGAUAACGAAUGGUAUCGGGAGGCCUUGAAAGAAGCGUGUGUUCAGGAUGCGUUAAAUAAUUAUUUGGGAGAUUAUUCGUAUCUAGACGGACACAGUCCGUCGCGGGUCGAUGCGAAAGUUUACGAAACUUUAGUCGAAUUGAACAUAGAUGUUACCAGCUAUCCCCAUUUACAUCGUUGGUACAAACACAUCGCAUCGUAUAGCAAACAAGAGCGAACUGGGUUCCGGCCAGAUCAAAAUAAAAUAUUGCUUCGAUAUGCCAGCAAAAUACGCGCGAGUCGUACCAGUAAGAAACAGUCAUUUGCCGCUGAGACAAAUGUCGACUUGUGGAUGCUUUCUCGCCUAAGUUACGCUGUCAAGACUUGCGAUGAUGCAAUGGUACAGUAUGACUUCACAACGGCCACCACUACAUGCUACAAUCUUUGGUUGUACGAUUUGUGCGACGUUUACUUGGAGUAUUUGAAACCAGUAUUUCAAAGUAACGACGAUAACAGGAAGCUCGCAGCAAGGAGAACUUUAUUUAAGACGUUAGAUGUCGGAUUAAGAUUAUUGGCUCCGUUUAUGCCUUUCAUAACGGAAGAACUUUAUCAACGUUUGCCUCGUAAAACACAAAUUUAUCCCAGUAUUUGCGUUAGUCCGUAUCCAGAACUGUCAGAGGAUCUUCAGAGAAAUUUGGAGAUAGAGAAGGAUGUCGAUUUUGCUAAUAAAAUAAUAAAAAAUGUUCGGUCUACGCGUGCAACCUACAAUUUACCGAACAAAACGAAAACUGAAGCAUUUCUCGUAUGCGUUGACAAUAGUCUGAAGGAAAAAAUUAUGGAAUAUCAGUUGCUGAUAGAAACUCUUGCUUAUUCUACGAUUAGUACGCGCGAACCACCGACAGGAUGUGCUAUUAUUACUGUAACAGACAAAGUUCAAGUACAUCUGCUUUUAAAGGGUUUGAUCGAUCCAAAGAAGGAAUUGGAAAAACUCUGUAAAAAGAAGGAGCAGUUAGUAGAUGUUAUACAGAAAAUAAACCAAGCUAUAGAAGUUCCUGAUUAUAAUGUUAAAGUACCUUUGGACGUGCAAAACAAUAACAAAGAAAAGUUGUUAAAUAGCGAAGGAGAAUUGCAACGAAUCGCCGACGCGAUAACGGCUUUACGAACAAUGUAACAAAGGUCUUAAUUUUAUAUCCUACAUUAUCUUUUACAUCCCUAUUUAUUACAUUAUAUUUUACCAAAAACGAU